UUAAUUCCUGUGAUUGUUAAACUAGUCCUCUGGUUAUGAGAGGUGUCUGCUCCACAUCUUCAUCCUCUGUCACUUCCUCUCUGUUUUUCUACAUUCAUUCUUCCUCUUUGUGUUUUGGUCUUUCAGGAAUUCCCUUCCCAAAGAACUUCAUCCAGAUCUGUAAGAAGAUCCUGUGUCGUCUUUUCCGUGUGUUCGUGCACGUCUACAUCCAUCACUUCGACCGGAUCCUCCUGAUGGGAGCCGAAGCGCACGUCAACACCUGCUACAAGCACUUCUACUACUUCUCCACUGAACUCAACCUGAUAGAGUGCAAGGAGCUGGAGCCGCUGAAAGAAAUGACCUCUAGAAUGUGUUUGUGAGCGCCGGCAUCUGGACCGUUUCCAAACACUCACACCUGAGAGGCUUUUCUCAGGAGCUUUAAUCCAUGAACUGGGUUGCCAUGGAGAUGAGGUCAUCACCAGGGUGAUUCCAGAGCCUGUGACAUCAUCACUGAACCAGACUGAACUGUAAGGAUGAGGCUGAGAGACUGACAGUGAGCGCCAUCUAGUGGCGAGGCGUGUUACUCACACUGGGCUAACAGAGCAAUCAGAGGACUCAUGUUUCAUUCAGACAUCUGCUCAAAUCCACACCAAGACGUGGACACCUUCAUUUAACGUUCAGCUCUGUGAGGUUUGGAUGAGCUGCUUUCAUUCAUCUCCAUGUUGCUUUAUUUCUGUUUGUGCUGCACUGAAAUGAUGGGUUAGUUUUAGUCACUGGAUCAUUUGAUGAUAAAUCUGAUGCUCAGUUCAGCCACGGACAGUAAUUCUGUGAACUGGACGUCAGUAUUCAUUGGCCAAUCACAGUCUGACAGUGUGUUUGAGGAGAAUUGAAACGGUCAGACAGUGUCUGUCGGAUCUGCACUGAUUCUAUUCAAAUCUCUCAUUUGCAAUAAAACCAUAAUAUACAUUUGUUUAAUUGGUGUUGUGUGAGUUCCACUUUUAAGCUCUCGUCCAACUUUUUUUUUUUUGAAACGUGACCCUGUAAAUU